AUGGGCCUUACGAUACCCAUCUNCGCCAUCUGCAAUAUCGUGAGACUGACAGUUUCCGAGCAUGGCAGCACUUGGACGAUAUUCGAGGUCCUCCCCCCAGUCGUGCAAGUGAUCAUAGAAUCGCUUCCACAGGACCUCUUUCUCGCCCGUCGCGAAUGCAUCAUAGUCCUGGCCCUACAGGCCUCGUCGUCCGAAGAUUGCCAGGUAUCGGCUGAGCAUCGACUUGACUUUCCCUUGCGAACAGCUUUUGAGGAAGUCUUGCUCGGUGAUGUGACCGCGCUACAAGGCUGCCUGCUCCGCUCUCCUCACCUUUUGACAUUGCCCAAGUACGGCAAUUCGACGAGCGCAAGAUUAAUGACAUCGAGCAUGAGCAUCUCUACUAGCGCUGUCGCAUCAGGAAUCGCAAUUUCCGCCGUUCGUGCGGCCUUCGCUGCGCCUAGCGCCAGUGCGGUCAGUCUCGCCAACGGCAAUGUGGCGACCAAGGCGGCCCUCCAGGCGCCCAUCCAAAACUCUUGCUCUCUUGAAGUUCCAGGCAGAUUCAUCAAAGUCAAGCUGAACAGCUCUCAGGAAUGA